AUGGCGAAGGAUGGAGCCGAGACUUUGGCUUCAGUUUAUUUUGGUGAAAAUCAGUAUCCAGAUGAGGCAAAGCGUGAGGAAAUUGCGAAUGCCUGCAAUACAGUCAUACAGAAACCAGGUAAAAAGUUAUCAGAGUUUGAACGAGUUACCCCUCUGAAAGUGUAUAACUGGUUUGCCAACCGUCGGAAGGAGAUGAAGAGAAGAGCAAAUAUAGAAGCAGCAAUCCUGGAGAGUCAUGGGAUUGAUGUUCAGAGUCCUGGUGGACAUUCCAAUAGUGAUGACAUCGAGGGCAACGACUACUGUGAGCAAGAUGAAAAUACUUGCCAUAGUGAUCAUCAGCAAGACCCUAUCUCAUUGGCUGUUGAAAUGGCAGCUGUCAAUCAUUCGGUCCUAGCUUUGGCCAGCCAGGGUGGAAGUGAGAUCAAGACAGAAGCAAUCGACGAUGAUUGAACGCAAGGUUUGUACAAAUAAUCACCAUUUGUAUGCCCCAUCUAACUGAGAUGGAUGACAGUGUAAGAGAUUACAGUAGCACCUACGUGGAAAUUUGGUGAAUUGUUAGAUCAACCUGGAGAAUUGACAUUCAAAAAAAAGAACAAUCUGACCCAGAGUGGUGAACCUUGAACUUUAAAAAAAAAGUGCACUAUUGGUUAAAGCAAAGGUACAGUAUUAUACUAUUUGUUCUGCCAGAUUUAAAGGGUACCCACCAUACUGUGGGCAGUGUAUUGCACUUAAAUUUGUAUCCUAUUUAAUUGUCUGGUUAUUUAAAAGACAAACAUGGGCUUCUCCCAGCUAGUAAUUUCUGUGAAAGACUGUUGAGUUAUAUGUAUAACAAAGACAGGUUUUAAGUCUAUAGUUUUGCAAGAUAUAUAUGUAUGUACAUAAAAUAUUAAUGCUACCCUCAUUACCUUUCCAAUCCCUAUUUUGAGAUCUAAAGGGUAACAGAGUCUAGCCAGUGUAAAUGUCAUACUUGUAAGGUCUUCAAAGAUCAUCCAGUUGCAUCCAAUUAUUGUAAAUAUUUUUUAAAAGCACUUUUUUAAAUAAAUUACUUUUUGUACUCUAGUAUGUUUUAGUAUAUAAAAGUAGCAGAUCAGUUGCAUACUUAAGAAAAUUAUAUAAGGUGCACAAUUACACUGCCCACAGCACGACGGUAUCAGCAGUGCCCAUUUAGACCUCUUCAUUGACUGGAUUAGACCAGCUUACAGCUGCAGCUUUCAGAAUAAAAAGAAAUGUAGUUUUGAAUGUGGUGUGCGAUGGGAGCAUCCAGUUUUUUUUCCUGUACAAAUUACAAACAUUUAUGUAAUUUUGCUGUGAGUUUUUUUAGUAACUAUUGAAAUACUGUACACUGUAAAAUCGUUACUGUUAUUAAAAUUACUUACUUUUUUAUGCACUGUAUUUAAGUAACUUCUCACAUGUACUUUUAUUUAGUUCCAAGGAAAUACAGGACAUCUAUCUGUUUAACCAAACUCAGAUUGUACAAAAAAUCUAAUUAUAGAUUGAACAGUGUCUGUUUAAACUAUUGUAGCUACAUAUGCUUGAAAACAGUUUUCAGUUAAGCUUGUACGAAAAUUCAGCAAGGCAACUAUGAAUGUGUAUUCACUAAUUUGUUGAUAAAUCUACUGCCAUUAUAGUUCAUGUUUGGGUUAUUUUCCACUUAAGGGCACUGGUUAAGUGUCUAUCUCCAGAGGUUAGACUGUAUCUACAUAUGUACAAAAAUAUGCAAGAGAAAAUUGAUCUACUGAACUAUCAAUUAUUGAUGUGUCUAUAAUGUUGUGGAAUUUAUAAUAGCCAUCAUCGAUUUAUCAAUAUCUUUUUAAAUUAUACUUUCCCUCUAGAAGGCCUUUCACCUCCUUUUAUUGAAAAAGUGUAGGUGAACCAGCCCUGGUUUCAGUAACUGAUGCCUAUAUGCCACUCUGUGUUCAAGCCAACAGGUGCACUUUGUAAGGACAAGGACCUUUUGGGGUAGGGUGGGGUGGGGUGGGGGGGUGGCGUUUGGGGUGGGGACACGAAUGGGUGAAGAAUGAUGGCCUGUAUCAGUUUUUUUCUGCAAAACCUAACUGCAUGAUAGUGAAUCCAGUAAUUGAGACAAGAACUGAUGGAGUUCAUCAGAAGCUUGGUUAGUGGAUUUGAGCAUCAAACCAAACACUGGAGUAUAAACAGAAAAAGCUGGACAUACAUGCCAGGUCUAGUGCUUGUGCUCAAAACCACAGAAUUGUAAACCAAGCAUCUUACACACUACAGGGAUGGGGGAAAUUAAACUGUUUAUCAUGCAAUGCAUGAUAAAAUAUUAAUGGGGAAAAAAUGCCCUUCCGUAAACUCUGUCGCAGAAAACGACUGGAAAUAAAAGGUAAAGAGAAUUGUAAGAAUUUGGUUUAUUUGUGUUCUGUGCUUGUGUAUACUGUCCUUUGUUCCGUGUCCAUACAUAUGCUUCCAUAUGUAUAUAAUUUGUAGUUAAUGGUCUGGAUUAGUGCCUUUUGACAGUAGACUGUUAUAGAACCCAAUUUAUAGUUUUUGUAUAUUUUCAUUAAUUGAAUUUUUUGGUUAGUUCAAAUUUUAUUUACCCCAAUAAAGCAAUAAACAUA